AAACUGAGAGCAAAGAAAAAAAAAAAAACCAACCUAAAAACUAACAACUGUCAAACUCCGCGCUUUAAUUCUUCAACCCGAUUUACAACAAGGUCCAGUCCCUUUCCCUUUCCAUCCCAUGAUACCUUCCAGGCUCUAUCUAGGCUCUAGUAAACGUCACGAGCACAGCACCACAACACCACAACACCAGACCACCCUUCUCAAUUCCUAUUUGGGAAGCUACUUGUGAAUAUUUUAGCGGAACUUAAGUUACCUAUAUUAGCUUUUAGUUUUUCGAGACCUAAUGACAUCUGAAGCAUCUUAAGGCCGAAGAACCCUUUAACACCUGAGACCCGUGGACGUUACCUACAUACUAUACCUAGCAUCUGGCGCUGGAACAUCUAAGAAGCGCCCCCGUCGAUUGAUUAAACUGGCCAGGCUCUACUACUACAAGCUACCGCCUGCUUUAAAGGGGAACUGUGUCACCCAUAAACGUCAUUUUGCAAGGCGACCUCUAGGACCCUUUCCCCCUAUCUGCACACUUUCCUAGGAACUGGACCUCUCACAGGUAGAAACCGUGUACGAGGUGCUUAUUAUUACUAUAGGUUAGGUACUUGGCUGUGUGCACGCCUUACCUUUUGACCUGCGACAACCUUUAGAAGAAUGUUGGGCUCAAUAGUCAGCUUUGUGCCAAACGCACACCAGAUCGGACCGCCGCCCAAGGACGUUCCACCAGCUAUUCCUAUCAAAUUACCACAAAUCAGCUCUCAAUUAUCUGACGCAAAUUCUCACCCUUCCCUUGUUCACUUCCUGCAAAAGCUACAGCGUCCCAAUGAGCUUAGCGGGUCUCACUUCGCCGCCCUCGGCCUUCAGAUGCAUGCCGAUGCCCCGCCCGAGGACGUUGUCCCGGAUCCGUCCUUCUUACCCGUAGCCUCCGAAUGGGUCGGCGUCGACAUAGAUGAGGCCCGGCGUAGGGAUCCAACUUUCCGACGCACCCUUUCCAAUGGAAGGAUUUCUCCUGAGGCUCGUGUCUUCAUAGAUCGCCGUGCUGAACUAUCCAUACCAAAUCAAUCAGCCUUUAGGACCAUUCGUCGUAUCAAACCCGAACCUGGCACUCAAGCCCCACGACUAGGGAAUUGCUAUGAAUUCUAUAGGCAAAUGGAGUUGAUGGCGCAGUACUGGGAUGACACUUCCUUACCACCACUUUCUACCGAAAAUGAAGACGAGUCACAGCCCGCCGAUGGUACUUCGUCUGAGAAUCCGGAAGCCAAACCUAAGGCUCCUGAACGGGUUACUUAUCGCACUAAUACCGGUGCGAUCAUGCCGGCUGAAUUCCGUCAUAAUUUAAUCUCGUCUUUCGUUAAGCUCGUAGCUUACGACUUCGGCUGCAACGUCGUCCCACCGAGAGUCGAGCCUCGCUUACAGCUGCUUUCACCCGCAUUCAAAGAAGUUACGAAAUCCAAGGUACGGUAUCACCCUCAGGUCGCAUCCUACUUCCCAUCUGGAUGCGUGUUUCUAUGCAAGUCGCCGAUGACCCGCGAAGCUGCGCGCGCGGGUAUCGUCGAAGGCCCCAUAGCAGCGGUAUCGGCGCGCAACACUAUCAAUUUCCCCACUUCGGCGGAGGCGUACUUGGACUUUGGGCGUGAACUUGUCGCGGCACUGAUUACUGCGCAGCACCGUGCCCGCGAAGGCCAGCCCGAAAAACGGUUUGGCGAGGGUAAAUGGUGGGCCACGCAGAAGCGCUGGGGUGGAGGCGAAGGUGGUCCCAUAGGGCGGGAGAUCGACGGCGACUCCAUCGUAGGCGACAAGGAUUCCGCCGGGUCCAACCCUGAGGAGUCAGAUAGCGUGAAGCCAGUGCCAGUGCCGGAGACAACCAGCGCCACCAAGGAGAUUAAAGUAGGGGGUAAGACCGUACUCAUCCCCGUGCGCGGACAGCCCGUGAGCAAGAAGCCGCGCAAGAACUUGAGCAUCUACGACAGCUACCGCAUGGUGCGGCUGCCGUCGUCGAACUGGGACAGGAAGACCAAGUACACGGCCGUGGGCAAGAUCAAGGGCGCCGACUUCGACGACGUGUUCGUGCUCAGCAGCCUGUUCCACCACCUGUCCGUGAUUCGCGUGCGCGUGCCCAACCGCCUGCUAGAGGUAUUCGCCGGCGCGCCGGAUGCGUACGUCAAGACCGAGACAGGGGAGAAGGUGAAGAGCUGGGGGAAGCUGGAGGUGUGGCGCAGCAAGUGGUACGACUUGUUCAUAGUCGAGGAGAGGCUCGAGGCCAUGCGCCUGCUCUGGGGCAUGAUGGCAUGGGUUAUGCGCACGGAAGACGAGAGCGGCAGCGGCGGCGCGAAGGCGGAUGAGGAUGUUGUUAUGAAGAAUGCUUGAGGGUCUGCUCUAGUCGAGAGCUGAGACUGUUCUGAUCUAGGAUGUAGGUUACGGGUCAACUAGGUACCUACUCGAGUGUCAUCCCGGAUCGGCUAUCGCGAACUUGAGGUUGCAAGGACAGACAGACAGACAGAAAGAAAGAUAGAUAGACAGCGACCUACUCCCUCCUCCUAGGUAUUUGGAUCUAGAUUAUGCGGUAGCUAGGAAGAAGGGCCUAACUAGCAUCGUCAUCUUCCCAUCUGAUAGACGUGAAUGAAGCAUAUGAUGAGUAAUACGAAGACUACCUACCUACCUAGGUACCUAAGGUAGCUACGUUUUUCUUUCUUUGCAUUCUUUGAACCCCCGCUUUCGCCGGAUUCGCU